AUGACGGACAUGUGCUUGACGAGGAAGGAGGCGCUGGAGGCGGAGGAAGCGGCGCGGCACGGGACGCACGCGCCGCCGUCGCGGUCGCCGCGGCCGAGAAGCGACGGCGACGGCGACGGCGACGGCGACGGCGACGGCGACGGCGACGGCACGGACGAGAAGAACCUGUCGAUGACGUGGACGACGAACGCAUCGUUCGACCAGCGCGACUGCGACGCAGACGGCGCGUCCGCUUCCAUCGGCGGCGGCGGCGGCGGCGGCGAUGAACCGCGGUCGGAUGCGACGCCGGCUUCGGCUUCGGCGCCGCGCCGUCGCCGCGAGCGCCGCCGCGGACGCGACAGAUCCAGCCGCUCCCCGUCCUCCUCCUCCUCCGCGUCCUCCCUUUCUUCUUCCUCUUCCUCCUCCUCCUCGUCCAAGUCGUCCACGCGAAGCUCGGAUCCCGACGACGAAGCCCACGAGGGCGUGGAAGCGCUACUGGAGGCGUACUACAUGCACGUGGAUUACUCGCACAAGAGGCUUUGCGAACUCCGCGACGCGAUCGAGGAUACCGAAGAUCUCGCGGAGAUUUCGUUGGACUCGCAGCGGAACCAGCUCAUACGGAUCGAUUUACUUCUCUCCAACGGGAUGCUCGCGGUCGGGAUGUUCUCCAUGGUCGCCGGGGUGUUCGGGAUGAACCUGAGGACGGGUUGGGAGUCGGAUCAGCAAGCGUUUCGAGACGUGUGUUUCGUCUCCGGCGCGGCCAGCGUGCUGGUCUUCGCCUCGGUGGUGAUGUAUCUCAGGGCGAAGAAGCUGCUGUCGAUGUAA